AUGGCUGACACCAUUGUGCUUUAUCCCUCUCCCGGAAUGGGCCACGUGAUUUCCAUGGUGGAGCUCGGGAAACUUCUCCUCAAGCACCGCCCUUCAUUCUCCAUAACUAUCUUCAUCACCACCGGCGCCACCUUACCCUACGUAGACCAUGUCACUGCCACCACCUCUUCUAUCACCUUCCACCACCUACCUGCCGUCGAACUUCCUCCCACCUCCAUCUCUUCCGAAGAACUCGCCUACGAAAUUCCCCGCCUCAACAACCCAUACGUCCACCAAGCCCUUCAGAAUAUAUCCCAGAAAUCUAAUCUCGUAGCCUUUUUCAUAGAUUUCUUCUGUAAUGCUGCUUAUCAAGUUUCUUCGAUACUUGGAAUUCCUACUUAUUAUUUCUUCACUACAUGCGCUUCUGCGCUUUGCCAUUUCUUGUAUAUUCCAACUCACCAUGAAACCAUUACAAAAAACAUCGAAGAUCUACAUGAUUAUCUUCAAAUUCCAGGCAUCCCACCAGUUUAUUCCCAAGAUAUGCCAAAAGUAAUGUUCGACCGUGAAAGUAAAAUAUACAAAUUGAUCUUAGAAACUGCAACACAGAUGGGAAAAUCAUCUGGGAUUUUGGUAAAUUCUUGUGCAGCUCUUGAAUCAAGAGCAGUGAAAGCAUUAUCCGAUGGUUUAUGUAUUCCAAAUGAAAAAUCGCCGCCUAUAUACUGUGUUGGGCCUUUGAUUGCAAGCAAUGAUGGAGGCAGUAAGAGUGAUGAACAUGAGUGUUUGAGUUGGUUAAAUUUACAGCCUAGUAAAAGUGUUGUUUUUCUGUGUUUUGGGAGUAUGGGAUUGUUCACAGCGGAGCAGCUGGCGGAGAUGGCGGCGGGGUUAGAAAAUGGCGGCCACAGGUUUCUUUGGGUGGUGCGUAAUCCACCAUCGGAGGAUGAAACCAAGACAACAGCACAGCUAGACUUGGAUGCAUUGUUACCACAAGGUUUCUUGGAAAGAACUAAAGAUAAAGGGUUGGUGGUGAAGUCAUGGGCGCCACAAGUGGAGGUGCUGAGUCAUGACUCGGUAGGCGGGUUCGUGACUCAUUGUGGUUGGAACUCUGUUCUGGAGGCUAUUUGUGCUGGUGUACCAAUGAUAGCCUGGCCACUGUAUGCGGAGCAAAGGAUGAAUAGGCUUUUCAUCGUGGACGAAAUGAAGGUGGCAUUGGGUUUGAAUCAGGAUGCCAACGGGUUCGUGACAGCUGCUGAAUUGGAAAUGCGAGUCAUAGAGUUGAUGGACUCAAAGAAUGGGAAAGCAGUGAGGGAUCAGGUUAUGGCUAUGAGAAAUUGCGCCAAGCUUGCAAUUCAAGAUGGUGGUUCUUCCCAUUUAGCCAUGGAAAUGCUCAUUGAGUCAUGGACAAAGGGGUAA